UGAAUAGAGGGGGGAGGAGGAGGUACGAUGGGAGGUGGACCAGGCAGGUAUAUAAGAUGCUGUCUAUCUCCUUUACUCUUCACCAGCAUUCAUCUUUCCUCAAGGAACUGAAGAACAGCAUCAUCUAACUACAAGAAUGUCCACCCUUAACUCCGAGAACGCCUCCACCCUGGAGAGCGCCAUGCAGCUGAUGAUCCAGACGUUCCAUAAGUAUUCGGGGAAUGAAGGAGACAAAUACACUCUUAGUAAAGCCGAACUCAAGGACAUGCUAACACAGGAACUGGGCAACUACCUUGGGAACGCACAGGAUAAAGACGCAGUGGAGAAAGUUAUGGGUGACCUGGAUUCAAACAAUGAUGGUGAGGUGGACUUCACAGAGUUCAUUAUUCUUGUGGGGGCCCUCACCGUCGCCUGCAACGAUUUCUUCCUCGAGUACCACGAAAAAGAUGGAAAGAAGGAUGUUAAAAAAGCGUAGAGUUACUGAACAAAAGCCAACAUAUAUGUGUGCAUUGAAGGAUGAUGGGGGAAUAAGGGGAGAAUAUACAAUGUGUUGAGUAUGACCUUGCUUACCGAUACAUCCAUCUGCUGACCAAACACUUCUUUACAUGUUCUGUGCAACGUUUUUCACCCCUGAAACAAACUGCAUUACAAAUGAAAGCAUAUGGAAUGAGAUUCAAUUCAAUGACUUUGUUGAUUAUGUGAAUAAUGUUUCUUUCCUUUGUUUUUUAAAA